AUGCUCACGGCGAGCCAUCAAAAUGGCUCGGCACGAUCGUCAACCGAGGAAAUUGUGCAGCCGGAGAACGAGUCGGAGACGUUUUUGCUCGGAAUGGUCACCGGCGACGGAAUUGGCAAGGCGAUCAAAUCAUUUGUUGCCUCAAAAAUGUACAAUUUACUCGAUCAUCGUGGUAGUCUAACUAUUGGAACUUGGGAGCUUCACGAUAUUCUCUAUGCGUCGAAUCGUAGGUCAAAAGUGUACGCAACACAGGAAGAGAUGUUCAAUGCCAGAUAUCGAAACAUAAAAGAGAAGAAGGCGGCGAAAAUGACAUUGCGAGCAAAGAUUUACAAUUGCCUUGAACGACCAACCGGGUGGAAAUGCUUCCUGUAUCAUUUCAGCGUAUUUCUAGUCGUUCUUGUGUGCCUGAUUCUCAGUGUUCUAUCAACUGUGGAGGAGCAUAGUCAUUUUGCUGCUGAAAUCCUUUACAUUCUGGAAAUCUUUCUAGUAUUCUUUUUUGCAAUUGAGUACAUGGUUCGGUUAUGGUCGGCCGGUUGUAGAUCAAAAUAUAUUGGGUUCUGGGGGAGGUUACGAUUCGCUCGAAAACCAAUAUCAUUCAUAGAUCUUUGUGUGGUGGUCGCAAGUAUUACAGUAAUCUGUAUUGGAAGUGAAGGCCAGGUGUUCGCAACUAGCGCUAUUCGUGGAAUAAGAUUCCUUCAAAUUCUGCGUAUGCUUCACGUAGACCGACAAGGCGGAACAUGGCGACUUCUGGGCUCGGUUGUCUUCAUCCACAGACAGGAACUUAUCACAACGCUCUAUAUCGGAUUUCUUGGCUUAAUCUUCUCAUCGUACUUUGUCUACCUAGCCGAAAAAGAUUAUAUAACGCCGGACGGCCGGCAGCCUUUCACUAGCUAUGCCGACGCGUUAUGGUGGGGUGUGAUAACCAUGACAACAAUUGGCUAUGGAGAUGUUGUGCCGCAAACUUGGACUGGCCGAAUUGUCGCCUCGUGCUUCUCAAUAUUCGCCAUCAGUUUUUUUGCCCUUCCCGCCGGAAUACUCGGCUCGGGAUUUGCCCUCAAAGUUCAACAGAAACAGCGCCAGAAGCACUUCAAUCGUCAAAUACCAGCCGCCGCCACUUUGAUUCAAUGCCUUUGGAGAUGCCAUGCGGCUGAGAAACGAGUGUCGGCCACAUGGAAUGCGCACGUUAAUCCAUUGACCCAUGAAACAACCGAAAUUCAUAAUGGUCCAAUGAAAUCGCAAGAGACGCCGUCAUCGAGAAAAAGGCAUUUGUUCAAAAAACAAUCAAGUCUGGUGAACACGUUCAAGAAAAGCAGAACUCAGCCAACAGACGUUGAACUCGGAGAGAUUCACCAGGAAAGACUUACUAGAAAUGACAAAGGUUCUGAUACGGACGACGAUCGAAAGUUUCGAAUUGAUAAUGAUAAUGAGUAUGAAACCGAAGAAGCUGCGACUCCAACGACGUCUGGAGCCCAAAUUUCACACGUCUGCGAGCUGACUGAAGCACAUCGAAACGCGAUUCGUGCAUUGAGAAAAGUGAAAUAUUUUGUGGCGCGACGGAAAUUCCAGCAAGCCCGAAAGCCUUACGACGUCCGCGAUGUCAUCGAGCAAUAUUCGCAAGGUCAUUUGAACAUGAUGGUCCGAAUCAAAGAACUUCAACGACGAUUGGACCAGACGCUCGGAAAACCGGGACAAUACGAUGGUAAGGGUUCGCGCAAAGGGAAUUCAGCCACUAUUGGCUCAAGGCUGGCCAAACUCGAAAUGCAGGUCUCUUCAAUUGAUAAGAAGAUUGACGCGAGUUCGCGAACUCUUCAAUCACUUUACCGUAUUCUAUCGGAGAGGAAUUCGCUUACAAUAUCGCCAUCGCCUACUGCACAGAUAAGUCGGCCGCAAUCCCCGAGAGAUCAGCUCUCACCAACAGACCGGCUCUCACCAACGCCAAGCCAACGAAGUUUAUCGCCAAGCUCCUGGCAUUAA